AGAGAAAGGAGUAAAACGUUGACCCGUUUUCAGCGCAAUCAUUCCCAACGCCGAUGGAAGAACCGAAGAAGGUGUUGCGAGCACAAUAUCUCGGAUCCAUGCAGGUUUCUCAAGCGACUGGAAUGGAGGUUCUCAAUGACGCGAUAGAUCACAUCGUGGCCAACACGCCUAUCAAUCAAUGGCGAAACGUGAACGUCGCCGUCGCGCCCAGUAUGAUUUCCAUCCUUACACCGAACGAGGAGAAACUUAUCACCGAGUGUCGAGUGCGUUACCUGUCGUUCCUCGGAAUUGGUCGUAACGUGAAACAAUGCGCCUUCAUAAUGCACACCGCGCAAGAUCUUUUCAUCGCACACGUUUUCAACUGCGAGCCUAGCAGCGGAGCUCUUUGCAAAACUAUCGAAGCUGCCUGCAAGCUGAGGUACCAGAAAUGCUUGGACGCACAUCCUCAAGGGUUCAGAAACGCUAGCAGCCUCAACACCCCGAGCGGAAAAGGUCUUGGCGCCACCUUGAAAUCUUUGGUCGGCUCUCUGACUGGGCGUAGAAAUAAGCAGGGUGAGUCCUGAGACGAGGCUCUCUCGCUGCAGUUGAUUCCUUCGCUCGUUCCUUCGCAGGAACUGUGGCCGCUGCCUGCUGAGCGAGAAGUGAUCAGACACAAGCAUCUACAAUCACCUCUGACCUUGAAAUACUUCAGCGGAUCGCCACCUAGUGCAUCUCUCAGGUCGCUCCUUUCGCCCUCUCUGGACAACAGGCGUAUUCAACUUGCCGUUGGGAGAGCAAUCCUUAAGUGGAACGUAGCCGCAGGUCGAGCCAACUUUCGAACAAGAAGAAAGAAGAAGAAGAUG